GGGGCUGUGCGGCCGCUUCCCUUUCCGGGUCGGUGCCCCCGCCUGCGCGCGGGGGAAGCUGCAUGGACCGCGGAGUUCUGCGCGGUCUCCUCUCGCUGCUACCUCCGCCACUCCACCAGGUGCGGCCUCGCAUGCUGAACCCGGAGUCCGUGCCGCCCUCCAAGCGACCCCGCAGCCGCCUCAUGGCUGCGCCCCGAAUCGGAACGCACAACGGCACCUUCCACUGCGAUGAGGCCCUGGCGUGCGCAUUGCUGCGUCUCCUGCCGCAGUACCGGGAUGCGGAGAUUGUACGGACCCGGGACCCCAAAAAACUAGCUGCUUGCGACAUCGUGGUGGACGUGGGUGGCGAAUACGACCCCAAGAGACACCGAUAUGACCAUCACCAGAGGUCUUUCACAGAGACCAUGAGCUCCCUGUGCCCUGGAAAGCCAUGGCAGACCAAGCUGAGCAGUGCGGGACUCAUCUAUCUGCACUUCGGGCACAAGCUGCUGGCCCAGUUGCUGGGCACUAAUGAAGAAGACAGCAUGGUGGGCACUCUCUAUGACAAGAUGUAUGAGAACUUCGUGGAGGAAGUGGAUGCAGUGGACAAUGGGAUCUCCCAGUGGGAGGAGGGAGAACCUCGAUAUGCACUGACCACUACGCUGAGUGCCCGAGUUGCCCGGCUUAAUCCCACCUGGAACCAGCCUGACCAAGAUACAGAGGCUGGGUUCAAACGUGCAAUGGAUCUGGUUCGAGAGGAGUUUCUGCAGAGACUAGACUUCUACCAGCAUAGCUGGCUACCAGCCCGGACUUUGGUAGAAGAAGCCCUAGCCCAGCGAUUCCAGGUGGACCCAAGUGGGGAGAUAAUAGAACUGGCAAAAGGUGGAUGCCCCUGGAAGGAGCACCUCUACCAGCUGGAAUCUGGACUGUCGCCACCGGCGACCAUCAUCUUUGUUAUCUACACGGACCUGGCUGGACAGUGGCGGGUACAGUGUGUGCCCAAGGAGCUCCAUUCAUUCCAGAGCAGGCUGCCCCUGCCAGAGCCAUGGCGGGGUCUUCGGGAUGAGGCCCUGGACCAAGUCACUGGGAUUCCUGGCUGCGUCUUUGUCCAUGCCAGUGGCUUCAUUGGUGGGCACUGCACCCGAGAGGGUGCCUUGAGCCUGGCUCGUGCCACCUUGGCCCAGCGCCCAGCACCUACGUCUCCUACAAAUCCCCUUGUCCAAUAAAACUUUUUGCAUCUCAAACUGA